GGAAAGAUGCCUGAGCCUGCUAAGCCCGCGCCUAAGAAGGGAUCGAAGAAAGCGGUCAGCAAGACCGCAGCGAAAGGAGGAAAGAAGCGUAGAAAGACCAGGAAGGAGAGCUACGCUAUCUACGUGUACAAGGUCCUAAAGCAAGUGCAUCCUGAUACCGGCAUUUCAUCUAAAGCCAUGGGGAUCAUGAAUUCAUUUGUCAACGAUAUUUUUGAGCGUAUUGCUGGUGAGUCUUCCCGUUUGGCUCACUACAAUAAGCGUUCUACCAUCACUUCACGGGAGAUCCAGACUGCCGUGCGCCUUCUCCUGCCUGGAGAGUUGGCCAAACACGCAGUGUCUGAGGGUACCAAGGCCGUGACAAAGUACACCAGCUCCAAGUAAACUACCGCAGUGAUACUUUACGCAAAGGCUCUUUUAAGAGCCACCCACAACAACUAGGAGGCACAAAUCUAAUUUCCUAAAACCGCUUUGUUCGAGUCGAACUUGUGUGAAUGUCGAAAUGAGUCUCCGUUAGUAACCAGCUUUGUGAGUCAUUGCUGCCUCCACUUGGAAAAAGAUGAAUAUAAUAUUCUAUAAUAUAUGGCUACAGGCCGCGAUUUGUGCAGAAAGCUUGUGCGAUUUAUAAGAUUUGUUGGUUACGAUGUAUUUGCAAAAAAUUGCAUGCACUUGAAGACUUACUGUUUGUGUUUGCAAUAGAAAGCAAAAAUGUCACUAAGACGUGUGUGCUAACGGUGUGUACUUUCAACAUAACUCAACAGUUUGAAUAUCCUUUCAAAUCAACAAAAAAGUAAACUUGUAAAAGUUAUAGAACACUUCUCCAAAAAUGUCUAAAAAUGUACGUUCUGCUGUGGUAGGCUAGUGGAAAUAGUUUUUAGAUUUUUAGGUUUUAGGUUUUCUAGGCUAAAUGAUUUGUCCUCUAGCAUAGCCUACAAAGGGAUAUA